CUUGACCAUUAACUGCUUAAAGCCUCCCCAAUAUCCACUUCACAUGUAUUCAACAAGGAUGCAUAUCAUCAAACCAUGGCUCUUUCUUCACCUUUUACGCUAGGCAGGGAAACUCAAUGGCAGAGAUUCUUAUACUUAAAAGUUCAGUGUAAUACAACACAACUCAUUUGACAGAUGAGUUAUGAUUCCUUUCGUAACAAUUAUGCUAAUGUUUUCUAACAGUUCAAGAAGCCAAGGAAGAAAGCACACCUCAGUAUCUGAAUAGCAUGAAACUGACAAGCACUGAACCCAGAAACUAUAAGUGGUGGAUGUGUAUCAUCAUGUAUGGGUUCUUCGUAAUCUUUGGUCAGUCAGCAUCCACACUCUUGGGACGCCUAUACUAUGAUAAAGGUGGGAAGAGCAUAUGGGUAGCUACACUUGCGCAACUUGCAGGCUUCCCGAUCCUUAUUCCUUGUUAUUGCCUUGCACCACCUAAAAGUUGCACCAAAAAUGGGCAAAUACAGCAGCCAUCGGCCUUAAUGCUGGCAUUAAUCUAUUUCUCUUUUGGUAUUUGCCUGGCUGCAUACAGCUUGAUGUAUUCCAUUGGACUCUUACACCUUCCAGUAUCAACUUUUUCCCUCAUUUGUGCAUCCCAAUUGGCCUUCAAUGCUCUCUUCUCGUUCUUCCUUCAUUCACAAAAGUUCACUCCUUUUAUAGUCAAUUCACUAGUUCUACUAACCUUAUCCUCCACCCUCCUGAUUUUUCAAACUGAUCCAGCAAGCCACAAUGAAGUCUCUAAAGGACAAUAUGCAAUCGGAUUCCUAUGCACUAUUGGUGCAUCUGCUGGGUAUGGUUUGAUGCUUUCUCUGACACAACUCUCCUUCAAAAAGCUUCUUAAAGGAGAAACACAUGCAAAGGUCUUUGAAAUGGCUAUAUAUCAGUCAUUGGUUGCCACUUCUUCUGCUAUCGUGGGACUUUUCACCAGUGGAGAAUGGAAAGGUUUGUCAAGAGAAAUGGAGGAGUUUAAACUGGGUAAAUUUUCCUAUGCAAUGACCCUGAUUGAGACAGCUAUAGCUUCACAGUUUUUUAUUGUUGGCGCAAUAGGAUUGAUUUUCGAAGUGUCUUCUCUCUUCUCCAAUGCCAUAAGUGUCUUGGGUUUGCCUGUUAUUCCAAUUCUAGCUGUGAUCUUUUUCAAUGACAAAAUGGAUGCAAUAAAGGCAAUUGCCAUGGUAUUGGCUCUAUGGGGCUUUGUGUCAUACGUCUAUCAAUGUUAUCUUGAUAAUAAAAGCUCCAAGAGUGAAUAUAGAAGCAGCAGUGAAUUUUCAAAGAGUCCAUUACUUGAAGAGGCUAGUUAAUGGAUAAGUUGGGCUUCCACAGUUCUAUAUGAGAAUGUAAUUUUCCUUAAAACAAGAAAUACAACCCCAAAAGUAAUCUUUCUUCUUCCUUCUCCAUGUAAAGUCAUAGGUACGAAUCUCCAAAAUAGCACUAGCAAACUACAAGGUACAUAAAAUUUGGUACUGUGUAUGUAUUCUCUGUUUCGAUUUUAGUGUCAUCCAAAAUGGCCAGGCUUGAAGUAUUAUGAUAAUAAGGCUUAACUAAAGCACCAAGCUAGACCAUGCUAGUUGGUAUAGGAGAAGAAUUAUUGGCCAUAAACAUUUAAUAGAUCAAAUGUUUCAAAUAAAUUCAUUUGUUUUGGUUGUUUCUGGCCCUUGAAGAGUUUAGUGAUCGUCAGACAAUAUUGAUCAAACCAGAAUGCAUCCAUUUUUUUGAAAAUUUUGGUA